UGAUGCUCGUAUAAAAUAAAACCAGUGGUAUGGUUGUAGUGGUUGGUGGAUCGUGAUUCGUGAACUUUCUCUUAGAUUCGGAAAUAUUCGUCACACUUUGGGCCCACGAGUUUUAGCAUUUUCCGAACGUGGUAAAGCCCAUGAUUUGCUAAUACUAGCUUCCAAAGUCGUCACACUACUCCAUCCAAUCACAAAUGAAAUGACUAACAAACAUUUUAGAAUAAUCAAUAUUUUGCGAAUAAUUUCAUUACUGUCUGACAUUUGAUUCUCUUUAAUCACACAUCAUUACAUGAUCAAACGUCAUCAAUAAGAGCUAAGAACGUCGUCGUCUUGUACAAACUUUUGGUUAUAUCUACACACUACUUUACUACAUUCCUCGUGUAGAAGGAAAUGGAAAGCGCACAAAAGCGAAGAUAACAAAAAGAGUUUGAAAUUCAAAAGAGAAGAGCAACACGAAGAAUCUUGGAAUUCGAGAUCCACUAUUUCACGGCGGAAAAGAUGCAUUCGCCUCUUCAGACUCAGCAGCCGGAGCAGCGAUGCUGGCCGAUGACCUCGACGGUAUCGGAGAUCGAGGAAGUUCUACCCGAUGAGGACUCCGAUAGAACGACUCUUCUUAACGGUGAACCGUUACGUCGUCGAGUUUCCGGGAAGUCGCCGGUUGACGAAGGACCUCGUCGGAUUUUCCGGCAGCAAUCGUUCGGUCGCGAUAUCGGCCACGCGGCAGCUGAAACGUAUCUAAUUACUGGACUUAGCUUCAAGCUUCUUCGAUACCUCGGGGUAGGCUAUCGAUGGAUGACAAAAUUACUUGCCCUUACAUGUUAUGCUAUGCUUCUUAUGCCUGGCUUUCUUCAAGUUGCAUAUAGUUAUUUUUUCUCAAAGCAAGUCCGGAGGAGUAUAGUGUAUGGAGAUCAACCAAGGAACAGGCUGGAUCUGUACUUGCCAAGCAACAACGAUGGCUUGAAGCCGGUUGUGGUUUUUGUGACGGGUGGAGCUUGGAUUAUUGGGUACAAAGCUUGGGGCUCGCUCUUGGGAAUGCAGCUAGCAGAAAGAGAUAUCAUUGUAGCAUGCCUUGACUACAGGAACUUUCCUCAGGGAACAAUUAGUGAUAUGGUGACUGAUGCUUCUCAAGGAAUCUCAUUUGUCUGCAAUAACAUCUCUGCAUUUGGAGGUGACCCCAACAGGAUCUACCUGAUGGGGCAAUCAGCUGGUGCCCAUAUAGCCGCUUGUGCUCUAUUGGAACAAGCUACUAAAGAAUUAAAAGGAGAGAGCAUCUCCUGGACAGUGUCCCAGAUAAAAGCUUAUUUUGGAUUAUCUGGAGGGUACAAUCUAUACAAGUUGGUUGAUCACUUCCAUAAUCGGGGUCUGUAUCGCUCGAUUUUCCUAAGCAUAAUGGAAGGAGAAGAGUCCUUUGAGAAAUUCUCUCCGGAAGUAAGACUGAAAGACCCAGUUGUUGGAAAAGCUGCUUCUCUUUUACCUCCUAUUAUACUUUUCCACGGAUCCUCAGAUUAUUCCAUACCAUGCGAUGAAAGCAAAACUUUUACAGACGCUCUGCAAGCUGUUGGAGCAAAAGCCGAGCUUGUUUUAUACAGCGGAAAGACACAUACUGACUUAUUUCUUCAGGAUCCCUUACGAGGAGGUAAAGACGAACUCUUUGAUGACAUAGUCUCUGUGAUACAUGCGGAGGACAAUGAUGGGCUGACCAAAGACUCGUUGGCUCCUCCCAGAAAGCGUCUUGUACCAGAGUUGUUACUGAAACUGGCUCGUGAGAUUAGCCCUUUCUGACUGCCAAGAAAGGAAAACAAGCUUUGUUUGUUGAUCCUCAGUUUUUACCUUUGUUAGUUGCUGUGUUUUUAAUUGCAUCAGUAGAACAUCAUGUAAAUAAAAACAAACUUUGUUGCUCCACCAAAUUUAUUUGACCCAUGUAGAUUUGAACACAUGAAUAUGAUUACUUCCACAAGUUUGAAAUCUAAUAAAAGCUAGUAAAGAUAAUAUCGAGUUUUAUCAUAUUCUCAAAAAGGUGAUUGAGAUGUGACAAACACUUGAUAGACUUAUACAUGUUUUGUAACUAUGAAAUAUGAUGGUGAUCAUAAGCAAAUUGGACUUGUAUAAACAGACCACAGGUGAUGUUGAUAUAACUAUCGUUAUUCACCUUAAUUUGGACCCACCAUUUGCUUCAACUUGUGGCUCCUAAUCUCUAGAGACUCGUAGCGACUUGGCAGAUUCCAAUUGGCUCCUUGGAUCUCCACCGUUGGCCAAAUCAGCUUGACCGACUUGAUGUGGAAGGAAACAAAGUUAGGACAU